AUGGCUAAUCAAGGACGUCAUGGAGAAUUGGGGUUAGGUCUUCAGGAAGACAAUGAGAAGAAUAACCAAGACAACGUGAAUAACCGAGAAAACUUGAAUAACCAAGGGGCACCCCCUGUCGUACCUGCAAGACCAGUCCGUGAUGUGGCAGUCCCACUCAUAGCUAAUGUGGCAUCUAGUAUUAGGAAACCUCCACCGGGGGGUAUCCCGAAGUAUGCUAAGUACGUGAAGAAAAUAGUGGCUAACAAAAAGAGGCUCACGGAGUACGAAACUGUGGCACUUACUGAGGAAUGCAGCUCUAGAAUCCAAAAUAGACUACCCAAAAAGUUAAAAGAUCUGGGUAGUUUUACUAUGCAGAUUACAAUUAGGCAAAGUGUUCAUGCCUGGGGGUUGUGUGAUUUGGAGCAAGCCGUAGGAGGUGGUAGAAAAUGUGUUAGUACAAGUAGGUUCCUUGAUUUUUCUGGUGGAUUUGUGGUCUUAGACUUUGAACCCGAUUAUGAAGUUCCAUUCAUUUUAGGAUGUCCGCUCUUGGCCACGAGGAGGGCAUUAAUUGAUGUAGCAGUCGUACAAUUAACUAUGAGGUCACAUGAUAAGGUUGAAGUGUUUGAUGUUUACCGCGCUUUAAAAUUGCCUUCUAGCUAUGAAGAAUUAUCUGCUAUUACUGUUGUAGACCACCUAGUAGAGUCGCAAUUAGUUGUACCCGAUGAUCCCUUAGAAAGAGUGUUAGUGGGUCAUGAGGUGGAUGGAGAUACUGAGCCCCAAGAUAUAGAAACAUGUUUGAAUCUAGCACUUGUGGAGACUCACAAACGUAGAGUAGAGCCACUAGAUCGUGAGUUAGGACCUCCACCAAAGUCCUCGAUAGAAGAAUCUCCCAAGCUAGAGUUAAAAACGCUGCCUGCUCACCUAAGGUAUGCAUUUUUAGGUGCUAAUGAAACUUUGCAUGUUAUACUUUCUGCAGAGUUGUCUGAAAUACAGGUUGAUGCGACAUUGAGGAUUCUAAAGCAGAAAAAGAAGUGA